UGACCGCCUUAAAUCGCUGCCAAGUUUGUCACUUGGUCCUCGUGUCUGAGCUCGGUUCGGCCAGCCCGUACCCUCCGCCGCUUCCCUUGCCAUGGCCCUGGUUCGGGACGACGAGCCGGCGGCUGGGCCCUCCCGCUGGCUGCCCACGCACGUCCAGGUGACGGUGCUGCGGGCCCGCGGGCUGCGGGGCAAGAGCUCGGGCGCUGGCAGCACUAGCGACGCUUACACGGUGAUCCAGGUGGGCCGCGAGAAGUACAGCACGUCGGUGGUAGAGAAGACGCAGGGCUGCCCCGAAUGGCGCGAGGAAUGCUCCUUCGAACUGCCCCCCGGGGCCCUGGACGGCCUGCUGCGGGCUCAGGAGGCCGAUGCGGGCCCGGCGCCCUGGGUCAUGGUCCCCGCUGCCGCCUGCGAGCUGGUGCUCACUACCAUGCACCGCUCGCUCAUCGGCGUCGACAAGUUUCUGGGCCAGGCCACUGUGGCGCUGGACGAGGUCUUUGGCGCAGGCCGCGCCCAGCACACGCAGUGGUACAAACUACACUCCAAGGCAGGCAAGAAGGAGAAAGAACGUGGAGAAAUCCAAGUCACCAUUCAGUUCACUCGCAACAAUUUGAGUGCCAGUAUGUUUGACCUGUCCAUGAAGGACAAGCCAAGGUCCCCCUUUAGCAAGCUCAAGGACAAGGUGAAAGGCAAAAAGAAGUUUGAGCUGGAAUCUGCCUCUGCUAUCCUCCCAAGCAGUGCCCUAGAGGAUCCUGAAUUGGGCAGCCUGGGCAAGAUGGGCAAAGCCAAAGGCUUCUUCCUCCGUCACAAGCUGCGCAGGUCAUCCCUGACCCAGUCCAACACCUCACUGGGCUCUGACAGCACCUUGUCCUCGGCCAGUGGGAGCCUGGCCUACCAAGGCCCAGGUGCUGAGCUCCUUACCCGCUCACCGAGCCGUAGCAGCCGGCUGUCUACAGAAGGGGGCAGGGACUCUACGCAGUCCCCCAAGUUGCUCACCCACAAGAGGACCUACAGUGACGAGGCCAGCCAGAUGCGCCCAGCUCCUCCCCGGGCCCUUCUUGACCUACAGGGCCAUGUUGAUGCUGCCUCCCGUUCUUCUCUCUGUGUUAAUGGGAGCCAUAUUUACAGAGAGCCCCAGGCCCCCUUGCGGCACCGCAGCUCCAUCUUGGGCCCAGUCCCACCCUCUAGCUCCCUGCACAGUGCCUCUUCCCGGCGGCCCUCUGAGGAGGGACCUCCAUCCUCUGAUGACUCCUGGGGCAGAGGCAGCCAUGGCACCAGCAGCUCAGACCCAGUGCAUGGACAGGAGGAGCUGAGCACUCAGGCCAAAGUGCUGACCGCUGGGGCUAGCCACUCUGGAGAGGAGGAGGGGGCUCGGCCUCCAGAGGGGAAGCCAGUACAGGUUGCCACACCUAUGGUGGCCUCUUCUGAGGCUGUGGUGGAGAAGGAGAGCACACGGAAGGAAGAGCGGAAGCCCCGGAUGGGCCUCUUCCAUCAUCACCACCAGGGGCUGAGUUGGAGCGAGAUGGGGCGCCGCAGCUCUGUGGGGGAGAAAGGGGGUCCUGCUCUGGGGUCCUCCCCCCACCACUCAUCCACUGGGGAGGAAAAGGCCAAGAGUAGCUGGUUUGGCCUGAGAGAAUCCAAGGAGCCCACCCAGAAGCCCAGUGCCUCGAGGGCCAACCCUGCCCCUCUGGCCUCCCCUAGGAAAUCCCUGCCUGAGUGGGACAACAACUUCAACGUCUUUGCUGCUGGCAGGCUGCAUCCAGAGGCCAGGAGUGAGAGCCUGGCCCCUGCAAGAGUGGGGCUGGAGGAGGCUGGGCUUCAAGACCCAGGCGGUGGGGCCAUGACAGUGAAGGCAGCAGAGCCCCAGGGACAUCCUGGGGGAGGAAGAGGUGGGAGCAGCAUGUGGCUGGAGCCCGGGGCUCCUCUGGACUCCGGACUGGACCAGCAGAAUACAAGUGUAUCUGACUCAGGGCCCCUUGGGUAUGUAGGGGCUGGGCUGCUCCCUGCGGUCACCCAGCUGCACCUGAGAACUUUGGUCUCAGCAACAGACAGGGAGCUGCCCACUCCAGAAGCAGGAGCCGGGCAGAGUCCAGCAGACAGUGGGACAUCUCUGUUCAGUUCCCCAGAAGUGCUCAGUGUAUGGGAGAGGCUACCUGCUUCAGAUGAUGCCUUUGAGAGCCAGGACAAGGAAACCCCUCGAGACGAAAGCCGGCUUUUCCAUGAGCUCAAUAUAGUCGGCGAUUCUUGGCCUUGGGAUGUGGUCACCGUUUCUCCUACAGCUGAGAUGGCCUCACCAGUCCUACGGGGAGAGCCUGAUGAGCAGCCUCCCGUCUUGGUACAGCCCAAAUCACCAGAAACUGUGAGCCCUAAGGAGAGUGAGGGGCUUUCCCCAUUGGAACUGGAACCAGAGCUUGAGUCCACAUGGGGGUCGGAUGAAGGGCUACGGCCAAGCAUGCCACCUCCCAAGCCACCACGCCUCUUCACACCCUCAAAUUCUCAGGCAGAGGAGGAGGAAGAGAAGGCUGCAGAGGGCCCGAAUAAUAGGGGGACAGGACCAAAAGAUGCCACCCCAAAUGCACUGGUUGUCGUUCUCCAGGAAACCAAGGAGAAGGGUGAGAAGCCUGAGUUGGAGGAGUCUGAUAGCCAGUCUUCUGGGACCCUGCUGGGUGAGCCAGGCCUGGAAGAGCUAGUGGAGGAUGCUGGUCCCUCUGGGUCCGGGACCCAUCCAUCUGUGCCCACCAGCUGCCCUGAGGGUUUUGACCCUGUAUCCUGUUACUCAGUGAGCUUAGCUCUUCCAAGUCAGCAGAGCUGGGGUGCUCCAGAGAGAGGAGAAGGCCCUAAGAUCCACAGCCAGGAGCCAGUAGAAGAGGGGCUUGGGCCUCUCUCAGUCAUCCCCCAGCAGGCUGAUUCGUGGGCCUUGGAGGAGGAUGUGCUGAGCCCUUUCUUGUCUCAAGGGAGCCGAGAUCCCCCCAGCCUCCCAUCCACAUCCCCUCCAGGGUCCAAGGAAUCUUCUGUCUACUCUGGUCCAGAAGAGCCACCCCCCACGCCCCCAGAGCCUGCCUUUCCACCGCCCCCUCUCCCACCCUGGGCCAGCCACCGCCAUGGGGGGCCUGGUCCUCCAUGCUCUCCCUUGUCUGGAGCCUGGCCCCUCACUUCUUCUUCCCCACCACCGGGGGAGGCAGCCUCAUCCCCUGGCUCCCUUGAGCCCUCCCCUCCUGGAGGCUCCCCUGCCCCACGUGGGGAGGACCGCGCUGCAGCCACCCCAGCCUCCCCGCUUGUGCUUCUGCCCUUGGAGACACGACCAGCUGAGGAGCCACUGCCCAGUGUCAGUCCCCACCCUGUGAAGCCUCUCAGUGCUGCCCCUGUGGAGAGUAGCCCCGACAGGAAGCAACCCCGGUCCAGUCUUAGCACAGCCCUGAGCAGUGGGCUGGAGAAGCUCAAAACAGUCACAUCUGGCAGCAUCCAGCCUGUGGCCCCAGCAUCUCAGCUUAGCCAGACUUUGGACACCAAGAGGCUGAAGGAUUCUGCUGUUCUGGACCAGUCAGCCAAGUACUACCACCUGACGCAUGAUGAGCUCAUUGGCCUGCUCCUGCAGCGGGAGCGGGAGCUGAGCCAGCGGGACGAACAUGUUCAGGAGCUGGAGAGCUACAUUGACCGGCUCCUGGUGCGGAUCAUGGAGACCUCACCCACACUGCUGCAGAUCCCUCCUGGUCCCCCAAAAUAGCCCUUCCCCUCCGAAGGGUUGGUGAGGACCUGCUGCCUAGACAGGGCCUGUGUGCCCACCUGCCCACCCUCCCUUCAUCCCUCCCUCCUGCUGAACACUCUCACUUGGGCAGGGCGCAGCCUGUCCACAUGGUCACUCCCUGCCCCCCUCUUCCUCUUGCCUUUACUGGGACUGCUGGAAGGGGGGCCCUUUGGAAUCCCAUUGAACACAUCAUAGACCAUGUAAAACUCGUGUAUCUUUGGGAGCCCUGAGUCUUUCCCACCUGCCUAUUUUCAUACCCUUUAACUUUGGGGGUUCCAGGGAAUUGGAAGAAGAAAGUUGUUAGUUCUCAAGAUGGAGCAGGGUUGAGCUGUAGUUUGAUGUCAUGUCUGAGAUGAGACUGUUGGUAGCACAGACUUUAUCACCUCCAAAGAUGGCCAGUCAUUUCUUCCUAUGGCCAAUCCCUCAUCUCUUCAUUUCCCUCCAGUGCUUGGAGGCCUCCUAGUAUUACUGGGACUGGGACAGGGACCAAGCUACUUGUAAGUCUAUGAGUUGCUGGUAAUCAGGGCACCUACUCUUCUGCCUUGUGCUCAUCCCCUGAGAGCAGGGAGCCCAUGUGUUCUUGUCUCCUCCCUGCCAUGUCCUGAGUCUAUGUCUACUUCAAGCUGUUUGCAGAGCAAGUGUAGUGUGGAUGGAGGUGGUGGUGUGUGCUUUGUAACUGCUCCCUGUCCUUCUUUGGACCUUCCCACUGAGUGUCAUGGUGACUGUAUGGAGGUAGGGCUGGGUCAAGGGAGAACUCUUCCUUGUUCUUAGAGUUUUCACCCACCUCUGACAAGUGGGCCCCUCUAGGUCAGGGCUUUGGGCUGCUUAUAUUUUUGGGAUCAAGCCUCCAUAUCUGUUCUUAUUGUCUGUCCAGAUGCCAAAACUCUGCUGCUGUAGGGUUUGAACUUUUGGAAACCAAUUAAAAUGUGCCUUUUGUGGGCGGGGUCAAGAGCCUCUGGAGGUAGACCUCUCCCAGGCUGUGGCAUCUCCUCUUUCCUGUUGAACACAUGGGGAUGGGGCUGUUAGGGUCCUGGGAAGGGGAAUGUGGGUGGGGCUGCUUUGUGCUCUCCCUUUCCCUGAGAGCAUCUCAACUAAGGGUCUGGCUAAGCUGCUAUUACCCUCUCAAUCUUCCUGCCACCUUCCAGUCCUCCCUCAAGCCCAUUCAGAGGAUCUUAUGAUAAAAACAUCUGGUAGGUAGUAGGCCUGGGGCCACCCUGCUCACUCAUUUCACCUGGCCUCAGGUCUCAGCUAUGCCACACCAGUCAUCUGGUUUGGAAGUGGAAGACCACACUAUGCCUUAGGAGAUACCUGAACUUAGAAUAAAGCCUUUGCUGCUCUCCCAACUAUCCACUAAGCUGCUGUCCCAGCCUGUUCCUUCUGCUCCACCACCUUGCCUGGCUUGGCUUCAGUGCACUCUGAAACGAAGUUUGUCUUUUGGCCCAGCCCUUGGAUUGCUUGUGAAGAACAUGGCAGGUUUCCCCACAGCAUUUUCAGAUAUACUGUGGUGGCUUGGGUAUCUUGCAUUACAAAAGGCAGCAAGUGAGGAGAUGGUGAAGGAUGAUUUUGGUCCAGUGAGGAGAAAAGAAGCCCCUCUGGGGCUGCUUCUUUAUGAUAGGCCUAUGGACUUUCUCAGAAGGCCACAGGAGGAGAUGGUGGUGUCAGUCUUCUGCUAGCAUGGAGGAGAGGAGCCCCACACACAGGGGAGAAAGCCCCUGUAGAGUUGCCAAACUUAUGUCCACUCAGUUGAAAAAAGUAUCCACAGGUGCCCAGAUCUUCAGUCAUGUUCUGGGGCCCACUGAGGGUUGCAGAGGUGCCCCUCCUUGGGGAGGGAGUCACUACUAGGUAUUCCCCUGGCCUCUAUUUGGUCCCAUCCCUGCCCCUGAUCUUCUACCCGUCCUUAAAUGGUGGACCUCCCACAUGCCCAGGGCAGGGAUGUCUUCUGGAAAGGUUUUGAAUUGAAACCAAGGGUUCUUAUUUGAUGUUUCUGCUUCUGGUCACAAGAUGGAGAAGAGCCACAGUGGGGUGCGCAGGGAUCAGGCACAGUUCUGCUUUGCUGUUUGUCUUCCUAGUUGUAACUCCUGUUUAUAAAGAGCUUGUUCUUCAUGUUUUGAGCACUUUAUGAAGAAUAAAAAGUUCACAUACUGCAGGUGGUCUGUUGUGUUCCUGUUUUGAAAUGAGUGUAUGAAGGAGGUUUCCCUUUUGAGAAGGCAGCCUUAAAUCAAGGUGGGGUUCUUGGAUGACACUGCCCUUACCUUGACAUCAUAAGGCAGUAUCACAGUGUUGCCCCGUCACCUGGACUUAGUCUUUUCCUACUCCCAGGAUGCCUGUAUUU